GGGGAAAUCUACCGGAUCUGGAUCUGCACGGGGUCUGGUUCUGGAGCACAGCUGGGAUUCUGCUGCCCUGAACUGGAUCCUAAUGCAGACUCAGAGACGUUGAUGCUCUUCUCCUGUCUUCCUUUGAUCAGCUGCUAACUGGACCGGCUCCAGAACCAGAACCGGGUUUCGGGUGAUAAAGGGUUAAACACCCCUUCCUCAGUAGACAUGUAAAGCUGCUCUGUGCGUUUGGGGGAUGAUGUCAUUGUUUGUAGUCCACCAUAGAAGAAGAUGGCCGCCGCCUUCAUCCCCAGCAUCAGUCUGAGCUGCAGGUAGGAUGAACGGAACCGGCCGGACCUCAGAUUGGACCGGGCUCUGAGCAAUGGACCAGAACCUCGGAGGAACCCGGGAGCUCCGCUGCAACCAGAACCAGAGAGGAGGAGCAGGUGCGCUCCAGAAAUGAGGAGGAGAGCGAACCGAACCGGUACAACCCGGAGAUAAAGGCUUAGGAUGAUGGCAGCCAAGUCCGACGGGGUUCUGAAGAUGAAGAGGAGCGACGUGGCCUUCACCCCGCUGCAGAACUCCGAACACACCGGUUCGGUGCAGGGGCUCCAUCUGGGGGAGCAGAGCGGCUCCGCCUGCGCUCUGGACCGGGGAGGUUCCACCUCCAGCUGCCUGCUGGACCGAACCCAGCAGAACUCGCUGAUCUGGGACUGUCUGUGGGUCAUCGCUGCAGUCACGGUCUACGUGGCGGACGUGGGAACCGACGUGUGGCUGUCGGUGGACUACUACCUCCGCCAGCAGUACUGGUGGUUCGGCCUGACGCUGUUCUUCGUGGUUCUGGGUUCGUUUUCGGUCCAGCUGUUCAGCUUCAGGUGGUUCGUCACGGACUUCAGUACCGAGGACAGCUCCGAACCCUCCGGUGGCUGCGCCCAGGCGGACGGGAGCAAGCUGCUGCUGAGCGGGUCGGCCUCGCAGGGAGAGGUUCCGAUCCAAACCCAGAGGCAGAGCUCCACAGCCAGCAGGAACACCGCCACCAACAGUACCGGGAGCUCGGUACCGGGCCGGACCCGCAGAACCCGCUCCGGCUCCUACUCGGUGUGCGUCUGGCUGAGCCAGUCCGUCCUCCACAUCCUCCAACUGGGCCACGUGUGGAGGUGUUUUCGGACCAUGUACCUGGGAAUACGCAGCCAUCAGAGCUCUAAGACGGAGCGCUGGCGGUACCACUGGAGGAUGGUGUAUGAAUUUGCAGAUGUGAGCAUGUUGCAUUUGCUUGCCACGUUUCUGGAAAGCGCCCCACAGCUGGUGCUGCAGCUGUGCAUCAUCAUACAGACGCACAGCCUGCAGGCCGUUCAAGGUAACACGCCCUUUCUCUCACCUGCUUUAUCGGCUGCGGCCUCCCUGGUCUCGCUUGCCUGGGCGUUAGCCUCCUACCAAAAGGCUCUACGAGAGUCUCGGGAGGACAAGAAGCCCCUAAGCUACCUGGCAGUCAUCAUCCAGUUGUGUUGGCACUUCUUCACCAUUGCAGCGCGGGUCAUCACUUUCGCCCUCUUUGCCUCGGUGUUUCAACUCUACUUUGGCAUCUUCAUCGUCCUGCACUGGUGCAUCAUGACCUUCUGGAUCGUCCACUGCGAAACGGACUUCUGCAUCAGCAAGUGGGAGGAGAUUGUGUUUGAUAUGGUGGUGGGCAUCAUCUACAUCUUUUCCUGGUUCAACGUCAAAGAGGGAUGCACAAGAUAUCGGCUUUCCAUCUAUUAUCUGGUGGUCCUGGUGGAGAACACUACCCUGAGCGCGCUGUGGUUCCUUUACAGAUCACAUAAAACCACUGACGCCUUUGCAGUCCCAGCUCUGUGUGUGAUCUUCAGCAGCUUCCUCACUGGUCUGGUGUUCAUGCUCAUGUACUAUGCUUUUUUCCAUCCUAAUGGUGCUCGCUUUGGGCGCUCUGCCAGUGGCCAAGGGCUUGAUCUGGAUUCCACAGCCCAGUUCUCCACUCUACCCUGUGAUGGUGCAACCAACUCCCUGCGCUCGAACCGAGGAGCCACUUCAACCUUAGAGCGAGAAACUGGGAAGUACUCGGAACGCGAUAGCUGUAUCCCAGUGUUUCAGGUCCGACACCCGGUGCCGUCUACGCCGUCUUCACGAGCUCCACGCCUGGAUGAGACAGUGAUCAAACUUGACCUUUGUAGGAACCAGUACCCGGCCUGGGAGCGUCACGUCCUGGACCGCAGCAUCCGUAAAGCUAUCUUGGGUCUAGACUGCUCACUUACACCCCCGCGUCUGAUGUACAAGGACGAUGCUACGGUGCAUGAGCGGCUGGAGUACGAGACCACCUUGUAGUUUUCACUCUGCUGUGGAAGCAGGAGAACGGCACCAUGGGGUCAAUCUGAGGGUUUUUUCUGCAGAAAUGGUUCAACUGAAAGCAAGAGCACAAAGUCCAGAUCUGCUUGAAAAAAAUGUCAGUGUUGAACACCGGGACGCACAUUCAUGGAGACUUUCCUUUUUCCAAUACAUGAGAAGAAAUGACGACAGGAUGGUAACAGGAUGGAGUUAUUGCUUUGUUAGUGCCAAAAAAACUUCUUGAAAUCUCCUUUAG